AUGCCAUCCCGCUCUUCCGGUUUGGACUUUUCGGAUCGCUUGCCCGCUCUGGACCAGCAUCCAGACGUGGCUAAUGUCAAAGGCGCGGCCCUCCAACGCAACAAGACGGAGCGAGGCCGGCUCCAGACCCUCCAACGCAACAACACUACGGCUAAGAAGAACACUGGUCCUCUGACUUUAACUCAGAAAAUCGACCUAUGGAUGAUCAACGAGGGACAGCGUCAUAUCUUUUUCGCAGUCUUCCUGUUUCUCCAUCUAAUUCUCGCGGUCUUCGCUUGGUUCCACUAUGCUCUUAAGGAUAACUUGACGAAUGCCCGUGCUACUUUCGGCGUGACCUUUGUCAUUGCUCGUUCAGCUGCAGUGGUCCUACAUGUCGAUGUUAUCUUCAUCUUACUGCCUGUCUGCCGAAAUUUCGUGUCAAUAUUGCGCAGAACGCCUCUUGGGACGGUUAUACCCUUCGACAAGAACCUUACGCUCCACAAAGCUACGGGAUGGAGCAUCUUCAUUGGCAGCUGGGUGCACACACUCGCGCAUAUAUAUCUCUACCGUCUAACAAUGGCCGACACUUCUGCAACUACCACCGGAGACCGUGUCAAGUUCUUCAUUGUUGCAAACUUCAUCAUUGGCCCGCUCAUUACAGGCUGGAUCAUGCUCAUCUUCUUGUGCGUUAUGGUCUGGUUUGCUAUGGAGAGGCGUCGUCGUCAGAAAAAUGGAGGAUUUGAAAAGUUCUGGUAUACUCACCACCUUUUCAUCCCCUUCUUUGUCCUCUGGCAAUUCCAUGGCAUGUUCUGCAUGAUCAAACCAGAUCGUCCACCUUUCUGCUCUUUUAACACCAUCGGUGUCUUCUGGCGUUACUGGAUUGUUGGUGGACUUAUUUGGAUUUGCGAGCGUAUCCUCCGUGAAGUCCGUUCUCGACAUGUCACCUACAUUUCCAAGGUCGUCCAGCAUCCUUCUGGUGUUAUGGAAGUACAGAUCAAGAAAGAAAAGACGACAACUCGCGCUGGCCAAUACAUCUUCAUCAACUGCCCUGAAGUUUCAUACUUCCAAUGGCACCCUUUCACCCUCACCAGCGCUCCCGAAGAAGACUACAUUUCGGUUCAUAUCCGUGUCGAAGGAGACUUCACCACCGCAUUCGCCAAGGCUCUAGGCUGCGAUUUCGGCAAAGGAAAGGACAAAGACAAGGAGAAGGGUGCUGCGGCUGGUGGUAAAGUUAUCGGCACAAACACGAACCCUCCUCUUCAAUCGGACUCUACCUCGCGUCAUGGUCGACGGACCACUGUCCUUCUCGUUGGUGCUGGUAUUGGCGUCACUCCUUUCGCUUCCAUCCUGAAGAACAUCUGGUAUCGCAUGAACAACUUCAACACUUCGAAGCCGACGCGGUUGUCCAAAGUUUACUUCACUUGGGUCAUUCGUGACUUCGGGACAGCGGAAUGGUUCCACAGCUUGUUGCAUGCUAUUGAAGAGCAGGACACACAAAACCGUAUCGAAAUCAACAUCUACCUUACUGCCAAGAUAAAGGAAGACGACAUGAACAACAUUAUUGUUCAGGACGUUGGAGCUGAGAAGGAUGCUAUCACUUCUCUUCGUGCGCCGACCCACUUUGGACGACCUAACUGGGACAAGAUAUUUUCUUCCAUUGCUGAGAAACAUCCAGAGUCGGAUGUCGGUGUGUUCUUCUGUGGACCUGCCGCCAUUGCUCGCGAUCUUCAUAUCAAGUCGAAUAAGCACUCCGAUAUAACUCAGAAGGGAGGCACCCGUUUCUUCUUCGGCAAGGUUGUGCGCUUUACAUCCAUCAAGCCGAGGACAGUGCGAGCCUCCAUCAUUGUCUUGGUCCAACACAAUGUUCUCUGGCAUGCCAACUCAGAGGAAGAAGGAGAAGUUUUUGAGAUGAACAUCGAGGAAUGUCUCUUGCGUCUGCGCUUUGGCCGCUUCGUCUGGCAGGCAACACAGAUCUUUGGCGAUGCGGAAGCAGAAAUUGUGCAACUUAUUCUUGACCAUGGGAAGUUACGACAACCAGAAAUCAUCUCCCACCUCUCUUACGGGGACGCCCAAGCCGCCAUUGCCUACACUCAGGCGAUGCAUACUCUCGUGACGGCCUCGUACCUCAAACCCUCCACUAUUUUGGCUCAUGUGUCGCCCCGAGACAAGCGUAUUCGCUAUGAAGCUGAAGAAAAAGCUAAAAUCAAUGGUUUUCCAACCGCAAAAGAGCUCCGCGAAGCCAAGGAGACCGCGGAAGCGCGUCUCAAACGCGAGGAGGCGGAAGCCGAGAAAGUUGGACUGAAGCGUAAAGUGGUUGAACAAAAAGCGCCGCGGUCAACAAAGCGUAAAACUUCUCAAGAGGAAGAAGAGGUAGACCCCACUGUUUAUUUUCGCGUGAACUGCGAUAGGUUCAAUGUUCAUAUUCGCAACGCUCUGAUCGUCAAGCUUGCCAGCGAGCGUUACAACCGUAGCGCGGCUGUCGUUCUACAAACAGUUCUUAAGGCCACGGAAACCAAGCAGAAAGAUGUCUCCGAAGUCAGAACAGACCCCGUUUCCAUUUCCAAUAUUACCCUAUCAUUGGCAGACGAGGAGGACCUUUCUUCAGGUCUGAUACAACGCACAAAAAAUCCAAGCAACUCUGCUUGCAUCAAAGACUACGUCGGCAUUCUGUCUGGGGCCGACAACCCCACACCGGAAGGCCGGGCUGGCGCAUUUUUAUCAUUCGGGUCAUCCAAAGUGCAAGUCGAAUUCGAAACCAUAUGUAGAAGACUGAGACGACGAGUGCUCGAGUCUGUUACCAGAGAACGAUAUCAGACGGAAGGGCUACGCAUUCUUCGACUUUUACUAGAUACCGGCAAAAUGGACGAAAAACAAAUCUCAAAAGUUGUCAUGAUACCACAGAACGACGUUCGAAAACUGUUGGCAAAAAUGUCUGCGGAAUCGAUAAUAAGCACACAAGAAGUACCCAAAAGUGCUGACCGCAAUCCCGCGCGGAUGUUCUACCUCUGGCACGUGGAUGUCCCAAAAGCAGUUUCCGUCAUUCUGGGAAAUUUGUACAAGACGCUUUACAACAUAUCAGUCCGUAGACAAGCCGAGCGAGAGGAGCCCAUGGUCAAGGCGGUUUUAGACAAGCGAGAACGUAGCGAUGUGAGCCAAAACGAGGAGGAAUUCAUGUCACGUAUGGAGCUCGACAUACUUCGUGAAUGGGAAGGGAAACAAGAGAAGUUGACUGUCUUGGAAAAGAGGGUUGAGGAGAGUGUGUUUAUUUUACGCGAUCUUGGUGUAUUCAGCGGACAAGAGUGA